AUGAAGUUAUUUGUUGAGAGUGCCUAUCUUCUUGUGAGUGCCUCGGCCAUUUACCAAAAGGUUAUUCAUACCAUCAAGCACAGGAAACAAUUCCCGUCCACCGAGGAGGAGGCGCGCUUCAAUAACUUCCUUCAGUCUACCCUCGAAAUCGAAGAGCGCAAUGCCCGUUACUACCAUAGUGAGGUUGGAUACAUGCUCGGUCAUAACCAACUGUCUGAUCUUAACCACAAUGAGGUUAAACCUACGUUACUUGUUAUGAAGACUAUAGACGUGGAGAGUGGCAACGACACUAAACUUAUCUCUUUGGGAGAAGAUGAUUGUUCGUCCUGCUAUGCCUUGGCCGCCCUGGCCGCCAUCGAGUCCGCUAUUGCUAAGAAGACUGGCGACCUCCUUGACCUUUCUGAGCGGAAGAUUAUCGAUUGCACUUUCAGAAUUAGGAAUUAUCUUAAUAACGGGUGCAAACGAGGAGCUGAGGCCAUUGCCAUUCACUACGUUAGUGGGUUUGGUAUUCGUCUUGAAAGUCACUAUAACUCCGCACACACUAAGACUCACCAAGAGUGUAGAAAAAGGGGUGGCAAACGAGUGAAGUAUGGCUAUAUCCGCUCGAAGCACGAGCAGACUCUGGCCAAGACUCUCGUUGAAUACGGACCCUUAACCGUUGCGCUCAGUGCCAACAAAAGAGAUUUUCAUUUUUGCAGUAAAGGUCUCCACGAAAGUCCCGAAUGCGACCAAAAAGCUGAUCACGUCAUCUUGCUCAUCGGCUAUGGUACUGAUAAAACCCAUGAUUACUGGCUUGUCAAGAAUUCUUGGGGUACCGACUGGGGAAUGAAAGGCUUUGGCAAAAUUUAUCAGUGCGGUAUCGCGAUAAAAAAAAUCGUACGUAAUUCACUUCUAAAUAGAACAAAGUAA